AUGGAGAUCGAGUUGGACAGUGUCAUCAGUCUCGAUUACUUUAACAAUCGUAUUGCAUUCUGGGAGCCAUUCUUGGAACCUUGGCAACUCAAGACCAACGUCAUAUUCUCCAAGGAGUUGUCAGUGGAGCUGUUCUCAAAGGAUUUACUCAAUAUCAAUGUAACUCUUCCUCUUAUGGACAAUGUAAGUCUGUUCCUGAUGACCUACAGUCAGGAGUUUGGAUAUCCAUUCAGCAUGAUCGCUAAGCCACCGAUGCAAGCCGACGAUCUUGCCAAGAAGAGCUCACCCAACGAAGUACAAAAGAAAUCGCUGAUUGGCAGAAUUCGUAAACUUCAAAACCAAAACAAAACUACCUAUGCACCGUUCUAUGUUCGCAACCAAACCGGUUCAAAGAUCCGUUAUCGUUUGGAGACACACGAUGGCAAACCAGUGGAAGGUGUUCUCUACGAGCAGAUGGACGGUCGUCGCUUCGUCAAUGUCGACAACUAUGGUAUUUUCUUUGAUUUGUAUCCAGGCGAUUCAAUGCCAAUCAAAUUCUCUCAGGACAUUCAAAUUCAUUUGGAUACAUUCAGCCAACUCGUGCUGAAUGUCGAAUUGCUCGGCAUUGAGAAAUCAAUAGCUGCGCCACUCGAUAAGAUCAAAACCUACGAAUAUCCAGUGACUCUUGACACUACAUCGUCGACCACACUGCUUGUCACCGUUGAGAUUAAGAAUGGCACGAAAUUCAUUACCAUUCGAUUCCCUGUGGUUUUCAAGAAUCUCACCAAGUUCCCCAUUGAUAUUGCAACGGUUGCCACUGGCUACGGUAUGCAACAACCACCCAAUCUCUCGGCAAUCAUUCGUGAAGGUGAAAUGAAAGCACCGGUACCUGUGAAUCGAAUGAAGAAUGCUCUGUUGAAACUUAAACCGGCUGGACCAGACUACCGGUGGAGUACAGAGACACUGAACAUCAGUGAGUUGAACUCUGUUGAGCUGUUCACCUCACAGUCACUGGUUGAUGACAAAUACACUAUGAUCAAAUGCUAUGUAAAGGAAAAGAAUGGUUGUUCCAUCAUCAAACUAUGUCCAAUGGUGAAAAUCAAGAACCUGUUACCCUAUCCAAUUGUAUAUCGUUUAAGUUCAAGAUUCAACAAUCAACCGUAUUCCAUUGAGAAAGCACUGGAUCCAGAGACAAAAGAGGAGGUCUAUGAACUACCGAUUAUCGAUAAGUUCAGAGUGCAAGCCAGAAUGCAUGGUAUUUGGACUGAAGAGAAACCGAUUUCCAAUACCGAUAAUAUCCAGAUCAUCGAUAUUCUAGCCUAUCAAUUGGGAUCGCAACAUCUUCAUUUCAACAUUGAAUAUGACUCUGAAGGUGGAAUGCGUAAACUUGUUUUCUACAAUCAAUAUUGGAUUUUUAAUAAGAGUGGAUUGAAUCUCUAUUGUAAGAAGCCAUACAAAUCGCGCGAUCACAACGAAGGAACCGUUUCACUGAACCACGUUGCAGCGGAAUCGAAAACUCAGCCAAUCAUUGUCAAUCCCUAUGAAUGGUAUGAACACCAUCGCCAGAAGGUCGAUCCAAUUAUGUUCUCCUACAAGAAGACCAAAGACAUUGAGAACUCCAUUCGUAUUCGUGUGGGUGACUCUGACUGGUCCGAUAAGAUAUCGAUAACUGCCAUCGGUGAUCGUGGUAUGGUCAAUGUGCGAUCGAAGCGUGGUCGUCCUCUCUGUGGAAAGAGUGAAACUGGCUACAUCUACUCACUGGGUGUAUCGAUAGAUGUCACUCCAAACCUGAAAACAAAGAUCAUUGUUUUCGCACCACGCUAUAUCUUCUACAAUCAAUAUCCAUUCGACUUGGUCUACAAACAAGUCAAUACGGAUUAUGAAAUCAAGGUGAGGAGAAAUGAAAAAGUACCGUGCUAUUUCUUUGUCGAUAACAAAGAGCCACCAAACUUGCUGGUUCGUAUGGACUAUCCGGGUGCGCAAUGGUCCAGUGCAUUCUCGAUUCUCAACGUGCAAGACUAUGCAUUCAAGAUGUACUCGGAGAACGAUGAGAAAGCACGUGAAUUCCACUUUGAACCAUUCAUAAGAAUACAAAAUUGUUUGGAAGCAGCCACUAUUUUCAUUAUCACCGUUGAGAUGAAGGAACCUCCCUAUAAGAUUAGCAAUAUGACUCGAUUCCCACUGGUUGUUAAUCAACGACGUUGCGGUGCACCCAUUCAUAUCUAUCCGAGAGAGAUUAUCUCGUUCACCUGGGACGAACCAUUACAAGAGCAUGUCCUUGAAGUCAAUGUACUGUCGGAGCAACAUACCCACAAGACUUCGAUCAAGGUAGACAAGAUCAAGGAAUUCAAACCUCUGGAAUUCAAUCAUCACAAUACUCAUACCAUUAUCAAGGUCAAUGUGGAACCAGAGGAAUCAACAAGAGUUUUGAAACUCACUGAUUCCACCUAUAAGGAGAACAGGGUUGAAGAGGAGGAAACAUCGAGACAAUAUUUCAAAAUGAAUUUUGCUGGUGUUGGUAUUUCUCUUAUCAAUGCAAAUCCUACUGAGAUCCUCUAUGUCGCUGUCAAUGAUAUCGUUAUGGAGUAUUACUUUAGUAAUUUCAUUCAAUCGCUGGAAAUGAAGAUUCAAUCGAUGCAAGUCGACAAUCAACUUUCCAAGGUGACACCAUUCUCUCAUCCGGUAUUGAUGUUCUCUGAGAAAAUCGGUGAGCAAGAUUCAUUCCUCGUCUUCAAACUUGUCAAAUCCAACAAGUUUAAGAACAUUGAUUAUUUCCAUAAUGUAUCUCUGGAGAUGCAGGAAAUCAAUGUCAAGUUAGAGGAACGCUAUCUCUAUGUCCUCUUGGAAUUCUUUAACAGUUUGGACUUUUCAUUCUGGACGGGAAGGAAAAAGACAAAGAUGGCUCUGCAACACGUCGAUGUUUUGAAACCAAUCUACAGUGGAGACAUUGGAGAUGGUUUCAUCGAUGAAAUGUUGCAACGUGCAAUUCCAUCGCUUCAUGGCAAGAAGAUGUACUUUGAGAACCUCUCUAUUGAACCAAUCAGUAUGUACCUUACAUUCGAUCUCUCAAAACAAUCCGGUGCUUUCCAAAGCUUAGAAGCACCAAUGGUCCGUGCAUUUAGAAGAAUAGGUUUUGUUUUAGUUAGUUUCCAACAAGCUCACAUCUUUUUGAACUCGUUUAAACUGACACAUGCAUUCGGUACAAAUGACGAGCUUCUCAACCCACUAUUCAGACACUAUCUAUCUGAGGGUCUCUCUGAGGUCUACAAGAUUCUAGGAACCUUUAAUUUCUUGGGUAAUCCAAUUGGAUUGUUCAAAAACUUUGGUGUUGGAUUCAAAGAUUUCUUUGUUUCCACUGGUAAAGGUAUUGUUGGCUCUGACUUUAGAAGUGGGGUUUCAAGUGGAUCCAAGAGUCUUGCUAAACAUACAGUCUAUGGAUUGUUUGACUCUGGUACGAAAUUCAGUUCCAGUGCUGCCAAAGCAUUGUCUACACUCUCAAUGGAUCAACAAUACAUUCUUGAGCGACAAUAUAUCUCUGCUGAAGCACCGGGUAAUGCCAUUCAAGGAUUCUCUUUGGGUGGUCGUAUCUUUGUGAUAUCAUUGCAGAGAGGUUUCACUGGAAUAUUCCGUUUACCUUAUUACGGUGGAAAGGAAGGUGGAUUUGUUGGUGGUCUUCAGGGUGUCGGCAAAGGUAUUGUCGGUAUCGUAUUGAAGCCGCUGGCAGGUAGCUUCGACUUUGUUUCAAAGUCGUGUGAGGGUGUCAAGAACUCGACUCACCUCAACAUGGAGCGCAAGAGAAUACGUUAUCCAAGACCAUUGUUCUCUGAUACCCCGCUGAAAGUCUACGAUGAAGCCGAGGCAUAUGGACAAUUCUUGUUCAUUACCAAUCUGAUUUCCUCUGGUAGACUCAAAAGACUGUCACCCGAUCAAAUCAAUAUGCCACUCUUGGAAAUGGUUUCCAAAGAUGAGCGAUACGUUAGUCAUCUUAUCUACAAGAAUCGCAAGACACUGUUGUUCACCAACAAGAGAAUCGUUUAUCUCAAGGAUACCGAUGGAUUCCGUAAGAAAUUCGAUGUGAAAUAUACAUCGAUUCUCGAUGUCAUUGAGGAACCAUCGGAUAUCCGUGUUAAGGUGAGUCAAGCUCACAAAAUCCGUGUGUUGAAUCCCAGAAAGAGAAAGUCAUACUAUAUCAAGUGUCAAGGUGAAGCCAAGGUGUACAUCUACAACAAGAUUGUCGAGUACCUCAAAACUUACACACCCUUCAGCACUGACGAUGAGAUUGUUGCUGCCGAUGCUCAACAUGUUGAUCAAAGACAGUAUGACACUGUCUAUUCGGAUGCCCCUCUUAGAUCGUAUAGACAACUGAAUCGUCCAAUACCACCUCCUCCUCCAUUACCACCAACAGCUCCAUUGGGUAGUGAGAAGAUUGAGUUUAGAACUGUCAAGCCUGGUGAGCAAAUGAUUCAACCCAUCAUUGUCCAGGGUGUUGGCGACGGAAAGGUCGAUGCCACUCUUGAAUAUCUACUGGAUCAACCACAUAGACACAACAUUGCUCAGCCAAUCUGGAUAUCACGAGGACCACCUCCACAUGACCAACUCCACAACUUUAGUCAUCGUCAAUACCUGGAUAUCCCACCAGUGUUGUACCAAAGAGAAGGUCCUGCACCACCUCCCAACGUACAGUCAUACGUUCCUCUACCAGCAGCUGCUGCCGGCACAUCUCAAUAUCAGCAGUAUGCCAAUACACAAUACCAAUAUCCAAAUCCAAACACUGUGAACAUUAUCACCAGUCACCCAACUAUUCAUCCGCUGCCAUCAGCACCAUUGCUUCAUGACUCAACCAGUGGAUAUCAUCCACCUCCUCAACCUCCCAUUCCACCAGCUGCUUACACACCACCAGCACCCCCAUUACCACCUGCUACCUAUAAUCCUCCAGCACCACCUUCACCAAACAGCAAUCUCUCAAGAACAACAACAGUCAAUUUGGUUACGACACCAGGAACGACUCGUCUCACUCAGAGUCAAUACAAAUCGCCAAACUUGAGAAAGACGAUUGUCAAUGCAAAUCGUGCAUACGAUCCAGCGUCUCAGUUCCGUACACCGCUACACUCACUGUAUAGCUCAGAAGGUCAGAAACUACGUUCCUCAGGCUCAGUAGCUCCUCCGACUACCACAACCACUACGACAACUGUCAAUAGAACCGCUGUGGAGCCAGGCUAUGAAUCAGACUAUUUGAAACAAGCUAAAAAGAAUCAGAUGGAAAGACAACUACAGAUUGAGCGAUACAACCAGCAACACCAAGUUGAACAGUCGGUUGACAACAUGAUGAAGAUCCAACAGAUGCAAAUUCAACAAAUGCAUCAAUUACAAAAGAAUCAGAUGGAACUACAGAAUCUCAUCUUCCAACAUCUCAUUCAAGAUAAACCAAUUGCAUCUGCACCAACAAUCGUAAUGCCAACUAUUGAACCAAAAGAAGAAAUAACUACAACAACCACCACUAUUACAACAGAUUCUCAAACACAAGGUAGUGCAUCAAAGUAA